AUGUGGCUAUUUUUAUUCAAUCAUUUUCAGAGAAGAAAGGUAUACCGCAUUUCUUCUACAACCCUCAACAUGACAACGUACACUGACAAAGGUGAAAAGCCUGAGUGCGGACGUUUCGUAUCUUUUGCGCAUCUCACCUGGUGGGUUGGCAAUGCAAAACAAGCAGCAUCUUAUUAUUGCACCCGAUUCGGAUUUGAACCGUACGCAUACAAAGGCCUGGAAACGAAAAGCCGAAAAAUAGCCGCUCAUGCUGUCAAACAAGACAAGAUUAUUUUUGUGCUUCAGUCCAUGUUGGAGCCAAACAAUCCGGCAGAGAUGGGUGAACAUUUGAUCAAGCAUGGAGAUGGAGUAAAAGAUAUUGCAUUUCAUGUGGAAGAUCUGGAUGCUAUAUUUAAAAGAGCUGUAACUCGUGGCGCAAUCAUGGUGCGUAAACCCUGGGAAGAAACAGAUGAUUAUGGCACAGUAAAAUUUGCAACCAUAAAGACAUACGGUGACACAACACACACUUUCAUCGAUCGAAGCAAAUAUAAUGGACCAUUCUUACCUGGAUACAAACUAAUUGAUAAAAAUGAUCAUAUUCUCACAAAUCUACCAGAAGUGGAUCUCAAAUUCAUUGACCACAUUGUGGGAAACCAGCCUCGUGAUUGUAUGUUGAAUGUAACAGAAUGGUAUGAAAAGAAUUUAAUGUUCCAUCGUUUUUGGUCAGUAGAUGAUAAACAGGUUAAUACAGAAUAUUCCUCCUUGCGUUCCAUUGUGGUCACCAAUUAUGAUGAGACUAUCAAAAUGCCGAUUAAUGAACCAGCUGAUGGUAAACGGAAAAGUCAAAUCCAGGAAUACGUUGAUUAUUAUGGAGGGGCUGGUGUCCAGCACAUUGCUUUAAACACAGAUGAUAUCAUCAAAUCGGUGAGCCAUCUAAUUGACAGGGGUGUCAAAUUUCUGGACAUUCCUGAUAAAUACUAUACAAAUCUGAAAGAAAGAUUGCGACACUCCAAAAUUGCCAUCACUGAAGACAUGGAUACUCUACAAAAGCUAAAGAUUCUUAUAGAUUAUGAUGAUGAAGGUUACCUUCUACAAAUCUUUAGCAAACCCUUGCAAGACAGACCAACUGUGUUUCUGGAGUUCAUUCAACGGCACAACCACAAUGGUUUUGGAGUUGGAAAUUUCAAGUCCCUCUUUGAAGCAAUUGAAUUAGACCAAGACAAUCGUGGCAACCUGUAA